CACACGGUCCCCACGCGAAGGACACGAGAGCUGUACACUGCCAACCCUUCCCACUCUUUGGUCCCACUGUUAGAGGCUGCGCUCGCCCUCUGCAUCCAUCACUUGUGACAACUGUCAGCGAGAUGGAAACUACAACCAUCACCACCACGCAGACUGCAUUCUCCUUUGGACUUACCGAAAGGCACCAAAGCCUGAGCCUGCACGCGCCGGCCCAGGAUUGCGCUGACCCAAGCAACGCUGCUGACUUCCAGAGUAAAACCAAGGUGCUGAAGAGACAGCGCUCCGAGUCGCCGGAGCUCCUGCGCUGCAAGCGGCGUCUGAGCUUCAACGGGCUGGGCUACUCCAUCCCUCAGCAACAGCCCGUGGCUGUGGCGCGGCGGAACGAAAGAGAGAGGAACCGGGUCAAACAAGUCAACAUGGGCUUCCAGACUCUGCGUCAGCACGUGCCAAACGGCGCUGCCAACAAGAAGAUGAGCAAAGUGGAGACCCUGAGGUCUGCGGUGGAGUACAUCAGGGCUUUGCAGCAACUCCUGGACGAACAUGACGCUGUGUCUGCUGCUUUCCAAUGCGGGUUGCCAUCCCCUGCAAUCUCCAACAGCUACUCCGCCGAACCUGAGUCGCCUCACUCCACCUACUCAUCAGACGAAGGCAGCUAUGAGCCUCUGAGCUCUGAGGAGCAGGAGCUGUUGGACUUUACGACCUGGUUCGACCGAUACUGAGGCGGACAGCAUCAUGAACACAGCAGCGUCUGUGCGUAAAAGCGGCUGACUUAUUUCAGAAAUGCUGACAAAGACUUGGUAAUGGCUUCAGAUCAGUCUCGCCCUCAGUGCUUGGAAGUGAUCUGUUGCCUCCCUCCCUCACCCGGGCUGAUUCUGCAGGAGCAAAGCAAUAGUAAGAAAGCGAGAGAGAAAGGGAGUGAAAGAGAGGGAGCCCUGAGCAUGAACCGUCGAACCUGAAGUUCCCACAAGCAGGAGGGAGUUUGGACUUCACGUCAGCACGUGGAAGUAAAGAAAUGUUGGUGUUAUGUUUGAAUAAGUGCAAUUAAUACGUGACACAGCAUGCUCUGCUGAGACUUAUGAGUGUUUCAUCAGAGCAGACUGCCUUCCUCAGCUGCCACGUCUGUGGGAAGGCACAACAAAGAUGACAGACUUUUCCAGGGAUGAACAUUGUUUCUUUCAAAAGUGUAUCGUGCAACGUAUUGUUUUAACAUGAAGACAUAUUUUUGUACAACUGAGUCAAACACACAAUGUUCUUGAUCAACAGCCACUGACACUUUCUCUGACAGUGUUGUGCGAGCCGGCUGUCAGUGAGGCAGUGAGUUGGCAUGUGUGAGUUGAGUGAAUGGACAGCAAUAUCAAGGCUACUACCUGUGACAGUAGUUUUGUUUGUUUUUUAUAAGAAGUGGUGAGGAGACCUUUAUCAAUGUAUGCACUUGUUCUCCAUUUCCUUUAGCCUAAAAUGUAAAUAUUUG